UUUACGAUGGGUCUGCCAAAUUUGAUGUUUACAUAUGGAUUUUUCUUCGGUUAUGCAAGCGAAGCGUAUGGUGCAUUUGUCUUCAUAACAUAUCAUGGAUUUGUUUCAACUUUUGCACUUAUCGCAUUCACUAAGCCUAUACGCGAUUAUCUGCAAUCAACAUUCAAUAUUAAGAAAAGAGCCACUCAUAGAGCAUCAAUGACUUUUUAGAUAAAAGGAUAUCAAUUUUUUGAAAUUUAUAUUUUCUAACCCAAUGAUAAUUACAUAUUUUGAAUAUUAUUCGCCAAUAAUGGAACAUCUCAUUUUUAUAAUCACUAAAACUGGCAAAAUGGACGAAAAAGCGUAGAACACAGGGUAGAAAAAAUAUUUUAUGUUGUUCUAUUUGAACUUUCGGAAUAAAAUCAUUCGUAGUGGGCGUCUUUUGGCGCAAAUUUUUCGCACAUCCCUAUUCCCAAGCUUGAGAGCACACACUAUUGAACGAACAUUUUCCUACAUUUCUAUAUUAAUUUUUGCCUGAAAAAUUGCAGCACAUCUCUGUAUCAGAAGUGAAGAAAAGAAAUUACAUUUGCGAUGAAUUGCCUUGAAUCUUCUCCUUUAAUUUUCAGAAUCUUCACCCACUCUAUUCAUUUCGUCAGCUUACCAACAUAUUUUCUCGCAUUAUUCUCCCUCGUUUCCAUAAAGUCAAAAGUUUUUGUCACUUACCGAUAUUUUCUGCUGUGGCACGUCUUGGAGAAUCUAUUUUUUGAAAUGCAUUCCGAUUUCCUAGUCGCACCGGCCGUUCAUCCUCCGUUUUGUGCUAUCAGAGCAACCGGAAUUUUGUCUCAAAUCGGAAUGAGUAGUUUGGUUCAGUUUUAUUGGCUCUCGUUGGCAAUUCAAUAUACGGCAGCUUCCGUCAGUGAAAUGUUUUAUUUCCGUUAUAAAGCCAGCAUUUUGAAUUACAAAACAUAUCGUUUCACAUAUUUUAUAAAACUUUCAGUUUAUUUUAUUCGAUGCAUUUCAGUUUUUGACACAUUUUUGGCAAUAUUGACGUCACAAGAUGCUUAUCGGUUUCAAGAAGAACACAAAGCAACAUUUCUGAAACAAGAUCCUUCUGCUCAUUUUCUAACUUGUGAUAAUGUUUAUCUGUUUGUCCCAUUUGCAGAUUAUAUUUCUACUACAAUAAUAAUUUUAUGGAUUGUUGAAUGCAUAGUACUAUUUCUUUCUAUUCCUGGGACCGCAAUUUUCAUCAACUUGAGCAUUUCAAAAUCAGCAUCGGAGAGUACUUGGAAAAUUCAGAAGAAUUUACUGAAGAGUUUAGUGAUACAAGCAUCGAUUCAUUCAAUUAUGAUGGGUGUGCCAAAUGGGAUGUUUAAUUAUGCAUUCUUUUUUGGAUAUGAAAAUGAAUCACUAGCUUAUGGGGCAUUUGUAAUCCUAACAUAUCAUGGAUUUGUUUCAACUUUUGCGCUUAUUAUAUUCACUAAACCACUACGUGAAUACCUUCUCAUUGCUUUCAAGAUGAAGAAAACAGCUACUCAAAAAGUUUCCAUGACCAGUUUGCAUAAAAGAACAUCAGUAUUUUAA